CGUGUCUGCAGCGGGAGUGGAAAGACCCUGAAGGUCAGGCCUGGCAGUUUGGACAUGCAGCAAACAGAUGAUGAUGAUGAUGAUGGUGGUUGCAUCAAGCUGUGAAGGAACAGCUUGAUGCAAUCGAGCAGCGGGCAGCACAUGGAGGCGCAACCAACCACGUGCUGGAGAAAAUAGUAGCCCAUCUGAAGUGGCAGAGCACAAACCUUGAGGCCUUUCCCAGAACUGGAGGGAACAUCAUGAGUACAGUGACGGGAGCGAACUAGCGUGUAGUGUUUGUCAGCCCAGAAAACUUCAACCAGCUAUGUCUACAUUUUUAUGGGUUUGUUUAUUAUCUUUCCUCCGAGAACAAGUCUGCACUUUCAGCGCCUGAGGAUUUACUUCAGUAAUCGAGUAUGGAUGGAAGCUGCCGAAAAGGUAGACAGGCGAUGCUGAAAACUGGAAAAAGAAUGCCAUGUGAGUGCACCUUCAAGCUCCCCUUGCUUCAACGUGGAAGUUGUGCCAUUCCUAAAGAGGCUCCAGUUGACUUCGGUCACCUUGUCCCGAUCCGCGCGAGUCCCACUUUGGGCACUGACAAUCAUCCUCGCAGAAUUCGCGUCAUCCGAAUAACGCGAAUUCUGCGAAGAAUGUUCAUGAUUUAUUGUUGAUUGAUUUAUCAUGCCUUUGCUCAACUCUCCACUCUUUCCAUUCCCUUCAGAAGUUUUGGCACUUGCUCCAUGAACAACGAUUCGAAUCGUAUACUAUCAUUCUGAAUCAACAGGUAGCCAUGAAUAUAUACACACACAGUGGCAACUUGCCAAGUGCAUCCUCGAACAGUGCCCAGCCACUUGGUGCCCUCGAGUGCAAGACUUCUCUCGAGAGCAUCAACUCGUCCAGCUGGUGCACUUCCCAAUAUGUGCCCUGCUGAUAAACCCUGAAUUCCAGUUAUUCCGGUCCAAGUGAUUGCAUGUCCUCUUACUUGAUCCAGCGUUGACGCUCUUAUAUGUGAUUAAUCAAACAUUAGUUUAAGCGCGUCUUUGUGUGUGAUGGAGAAAAAAAUAGACCAAAAAACGAGGAGAAGAGUUGCGAGCACAUGAGUCUUUGAUUAUGAAGACCACACUUGUGCACGAAAGAUUUUUAUUCAGACCUCAGAUGUGGAACAAGGAUCUUAAUUCGCCAUGAGUGCAUCUUGUCGCC